UUGAAGGUCCACAGGCAUAUUAGUGUUCAGGACUAUGAUUAUCAGUAUUCAUGGAUCUAUACAUCAAAUACUGCAUCUGUAUCACUUGCAAUGUCGGUAAUCAACUUGUACAACUUGGCAGCAUUCUAUCCUCAUUCUGCCGGCACCGGGUUUUGGACACCGGUCAUGGGCCGGUAGCCAUUGUCAUUGGUCGAUUUCGGCUCUCCUGUCUCUCUUAAUAUGUUAGCUACAGUACAGUAUGCAUCGUCUGUGUCUUUAAAAACUCCUAACCGAUGCGCGCAUGAUGUCAGGCUAAGCGCAGUUCAGCUGCCGUCCAUGUGAGACGAAAUCACUUCCUGGACUUGGAAAGAGGCACGCAGUAUAGAAAGAGAGAGAGAGAGUGAGAAAGAGAGAGAGAGGGAGGGAGAGAGAGAGAUGGGGGCAGAAAGCUAGGGAAAGAGCUAUCAAACGAGGUGAAGCAGGGGCCUGGCUGGGCAAAUAAGGACCCUGCAAACUUUGCAUCGGAAGAAAUAACAGUACGGACCAGAGGAAGAAUUUUAUGGCGGAGAGAUACAUCGGGUAAAAAAAUAUCCUUCCUUCUUAUCAUCGCUUGAUAUUUUACAUCGCAUGAUUGUGUGACGCGGUCUCAGUGUUUUAUUUCCUCGUUGAAGAACUACUUAAUUUUUUAUAUAUCUGCCGUAUUAUUUUAUAAACGUUACGUCGCCCGGAUGGAACAAUAAUCAGAAUCCUUGUUGUUGGUUGACUUCGCUGCUUGAUAUGAGCCGUUGUGUGCCCAGUGCAUCCCCAGUGCUCCUGUGACAGCGCCACCAUGUCGCAGCUGCUCCACGUGGAGAUCCCCAACUUCGGCAGCACGGUGCUGGGCUCCCUGAACGAGCAGCGCCUGCUCGGCCAGUACUGCGACGUCUCCAUCAUGGUCAAGGGCCAGGCCUUCAAGGCCCACCGCGCCGUGCUGGCCGCCAGCAGCCUCUACUUCCGCGACCUGUUCAGCGGCAGCUCCAAGGCGCAGUUUGAGCUGCCCUCCUCUGUCACCCCCUCCUGCUUCCAGCAGAUCCUCUCCUUCUGCUACACAGGGAAGCUGACCAUGGCGGCCAGCGAGCAGCUGGUGGUGAUGUACACCGCCGGCUACCUGCAGAUCCAGCACAUCGUGGAGCGCGGCAUGGACCUGAUGUUCAAGGCCAACUCGCCGCACUGCGACUCGCAGACGGCCGCCAUGGACGAGCCCGGCUCCGAGUCCCAGAGCCCCAACAACAACAGCAACGCGGCCGCCUCGCUGCUGGCCUUCCCCGGCUGGUCGCCCUCCCUGCCCCUGCCCGCGCGCCGCAUCAAGCUGGAGGGGGGCGAGGGGGGGCCCCUCAACCUGCAGAGCUUCGGCCACGGCAAGCGUGGCACCAGCGAGAGCAACGGGGACACUACGAGAGGCACUACUUUGGGGGGCAGCCGGGGAGGGACACUGCGAGGAAGCUCGCUGUUCUAUGCCGCCGGAGGGGGCACCCCCAUCUUUCCUGGGGUGCAGGCAUAUCCACUGGUGCCAGGCGAGCGCUCAAGUCCCGGGGCGUCCAGCCUGCCCACUACCGACAGCCCCACCUCCUACCAGAACGAGGACGAGGAGUUUGAGGAGGAGCCGUACGACGGCAUCACGGAGGAGGCCUACAGCCAGUUCUAUGGACGCACGGCCAACCCCUACGGAAUGCAGGACAAGCCUGAGAUGGCGGCCAUGCCCAUCUCUCUGGAGAGCCGAAACUGUGUGCUGCUCCGCAGGGACCUGGUGGCGCUGCCCGCCAGCCUAAUCAGUCAGAUCGGGUAUCGGUGCCACCCUAAACUGUAUACAGAGGGAGACCCAGGGGAGAAGCUGGAGCUGGUGGCAGGCUCUGGGGUGUUUAUGACUCGAGGACAGCUGAUGAACUGUCACCUGUGUGCUGGCAUCAAACACAAGGUGCUGCUGCGACGCCUGCUCGCCACCUUCUUCGACAGGAACACCCUGGCCAACAGUUGUGGGACGGGAAUCCGUUCGUCCACCAGCGAUCCCAGUCGAAAGCCUCUGGACAGCCGAGUCCUCAACGCUGUCAAAUUGUACUGUCAGAACUUCGCCCCCAACUUCAAGGAAAGCGAGAUGAACGUGAUUGCUGCCGACAUGUGCACUAACGCGCGGCGUGUGCGGAAGCGCUGGCUGCCCAAGAUCAAGUCCAUGCUGCCCGACGGCAUGGAGGUGUACCGCAGCAGCAGCAUCAGCAGCGCCGCCGCCGCAACAGGACUCAGCCUGGCCCUCGCCGGAGCGUCGGGCUCCAUGGUACCCCUGCCCUUCGAGGCUGAGCUGAAGGCCCUGUACGGGGAGCGCAAAGACCCCCUGAGGACUCACCUCCAGCUAAACGGAGCCAGCCCGGGCCCCAGCCCCCCCUCAGACGCCCCCGAGGGAGAGCUGGCGGGGGCCCAUGGGGGGGGGGAGGAGGAGGCAGAGGAGGAGGAGGACCCGUCGGCAGAGGGAGUGGAUGCGGCGCUGGUGUCGGUGUCCCAGCCGCUCAUUCCAGGCGGGGAGGCGACGAGCGUCCUGCAGGACGGACAGAGCGGCGCCGAGUUCCCGGAAGGGCUGAGGAUUAACGGGCAGUAGCCACCGCCCACUUCAGGAAGCCUUCAUCUUCCUCUCCUCCUCCUCCUCCUCUUCCUCCUUCGCUCUCUCCCGCUUCCUCCGUUCUGCUUCGCCUUCUCUUCCUUCUUCGUCCAGCCACACCCCUGCUCUCCAAAGGGAACCUCCCCAUGUCAGAAACACAAAGUUCAAACAGUACAAAUGCAGAGGUGGCCCUUAGGAGACAAGUGAGUGGUGCAUUCACUCUGAACAAACACAGGCAAGGCUCAACUCUCGCGCGCGCGCACACACACACACACACACACACACACACACACACACACACACACACACACACACACACACACACACACACACACACACACACACACACACACACAGAUAGACACUGGCUCUGGAACUGGCACUAACUCCCGUUUCCAGAGUCACCAUCUAUCAGGGAACUGACAUCCGAGCUGCUCAUCAACACAGCAAACGUGCACUAAAAGGGCACGCUGCACCACACUGAGAGUAGUCAACACAAAGUGACUAGUCCUAUCUACAGUAGGGCUCAUAGUAAGGCUCAAAUAAAACAACACUAUGUAUUUGGUAUGUGUUGAAAAUGUAAUAUAAGAACACAUUGUAACAUUGAUAUAAGAAUACAUUUGAAUAGAAACACA